UGACGGGUCCCACGUUCUCGAGGCAGGCGGGUACGCGAUCGGAAAACUCCUGCUCUGAUCUGUAUCGCCCCAUGUCUACGUAGAAAUACGUAUUUCGAAAAUUUCCCCGGACCCCAUCGUGGCCCUUGGAUCGAUGAUGGAGGGUGAGGAUGCGCCCACCCAAUACGGGUCGGACGACGGGGAACGGAGCAGUAGCUCCGGACCUGUUUGGUCCAUUAAUGGUUUUGGGUUGUGGGAGGAGCACCCUUUUUGGGCUGCUCCCGAUGCUUGGGGGCUUAAGAGCUACAAGUCGGAUCCGGGUCUGCUAAGACACCACACUAUUGUUGGCCUGCGGCAGCUUGUUGUCACGAACGGUCGUCGCGCACCCGCAACAACUCCGUUCAACGAACCGUUCGUCGCUCACACCCGCAUGUACAGCUGCUCGACAGCAUGUUUCCUCAUGGUUUUUGGUCAUUUUGCUUGUAAAUAUGUAAGUUCGAACAAGCUGCAGCGUUGCAAAGCGACCGCUCACCGAACCGAGCAAAACAGCCCAAAACGGCUCCGUUUUCACGUGCCGCGGGAGGUGAGCGGAGUGCUGCCUCCGCUCACCAAAAUGUCAGCCAUCUCAGCACCCAGGAACCCCCCGGGUGGCACAUGGCUGGAUGGGGCUUCGGUUAUAUACCGGGCGUUGAACACUCUUUCGCAAGUUCGCACGUGACCUUUACGGGAACUUGGUUUUGCGCCCGGGACCAGGUGAGCGGCUGUUUGUGGGCUUGCAGCUGUUCGUUCAUCCUUGAAAGCCUUGUUUUUCUUCCUCUCCCUCUUUUCUCUUGUGCACACAGGGUGUUCGUCGAAUUGCUUGUAAAGCUUUCCUUUUCGCAAGACUUCGGGACUUGUCCGUUGCUCGUUCUUUCGAUCUAACUUUCUUUCUCUUUUACAGGUCCUUCGGGACCUGCGAGAGGUUACAAAGUGGCUGAUCCUUGUGGAGCAAGAUCGUAAGGGCGAAGCGCGACUUAGGCAACGCAAGCUAAGUUCGCGUCUUUGCGACGAGGGUGACUCACGACUUAGGCAACCCAAGCUAAGUUCGCGUCUUUGGCCGCAAGGGUGCAUCACGCCUUAGGCAAUUCUAGCUAAGGUCGUGACAUUGUGGUAAAUAUUAGCUCAGGUGAAAUGUAAAUCCAAGGAACCAGCGGUUGGGUCGCGGCCUGACUCGACCCAUUCCCCAAGAGCCCAUGGUCGAGUCAGAGCCUGACUCAACCCAUUGAGCGUAAGGGAACAAUAAUUCUUUAAAUAUGCACUAUAAUUUAUUAUUUCAUUAAUUCUACUUGUUCAUGCAAUUUAUGUUCAUAAUUAAGAUAGAGUCAAUGGAGUUGCCCAUCCGAUGUGAUUGGCACUACCGCCAAAUUACGUUGGUGAAUGAAUUGGAUUUGACGAACAUGGGUGACUCUCUUUGCAAUGCAAUAAAAUUGGUAGAUAUUUCUUAUAUCACGACACAUUAUUGCACGAAAAGUAAGUAAUUGGGGAAAAGAAAAAGGAGGGGGAAUUUGUUCGGGCAAACACCUAAACAUCACCCAUCACAAUGAUUCGAAGCAUGGCCUCAUUCAUUUGGUGAUGAUGACAAGGGCUUCUUCCUCGGAUUCUUGCAAUGUAUCGGGUAUAAGUGGAGAUAUAUUAUUAUCUGAAAAGCCUAAUACAUAAAAUAAAAUAUUCCAUGAUAAUUAGAAUUCUUUGUGGAAAUCUAAUAAUUAUUCGCUACCAUAGUUAGGUGGAAGUUCUUUCUAAUUAAAACCUCCCCGGGAGACCAUUAAAAAACAUAAUACUUAAAAAAAUCAUAAUCAAAAUCUUAGAAUAUCUCAAAGAAAUUUCUUCCAAUUUAAUCUAUAUAUAUAUGUUUUUUGUUGAUAAGGGGUCCUAAAGGUUUUGUUGAUAAUUAAAAUAAAUAAUAUUUUCGAGGAACACACAAAAAAACCCAAAAAAAUGACACCCCAAAAGGGAUUUGAAAAAAAAAAGUAUUUAAAUAUUAUUUUAAGUGGGAUAAAGAUGACGGAGGGCGGAUCUGUGUGCCCCGAAGCCACGUGGUCCUUAGGAGACACCAAUACGGCUCCCCAACGGGCCCCGCGGCCCAAAGCGACAAACCCCGGUUUCUGCCACCCCUCGAUCCGAUUCCCGGUUCGCGUCGCCUCUUUUCGUUUCCCACGGGGCUCGGCGGACGGCGGUGGCACACGAGGACAAUAGGCGACUGCGACCUCCAGCUGUCACCUCCCCACUGUAACCUUCUGCUGAGCCGGCGAUCCUUACUUUUAGGACGAAAAUACCCUCCGCAUCACAUAUACGCGGUCGUUUUUACCUGAGCUUUAGGAAGGGUUACACCGUAAUUUCAUAACAGUGCAAGGGUGAUUUGGUGCGUUGUCCUUGUAUAUUUCCCUGGCAAGCACAUGGCUCCGCUCUCCUCUUUGUUUUCGUGCAUACUAUACAUUGGUGAUCGUAGGCAUAGAAGAAAGGCAGAGGAGCGGAGUGGAGAGGAAGACGCAAGUUUCAUAGUGUUUGCGAUUUGAGCUAACAGGAGAGCAAGAGGAAGAGAGCAGAGAUGGUGAAUUACUGGAAGUCUAAAGUCCUUCCGACGAUCAAGAAGGUGUUUGACAGGAACGGCAAGAAGGCUGCCGCCGCCGAGGCAUGCAAGUCCUUCGACGAAUCGAAGGAGGACAUCAGCAAGGAGUUCGAAGAGAAGAAGACUGACCUGCAGCCCAAAGUUGUGGAGAUCUACGAAGCUUCUGCCGUUGAAAUCAAGACUCUGGUGAAGAAACCGACGGGGUCAGGACUGAAGAAGAAAUCAACUGUUGUGAUCAAGUUCAUCGAGGAACUAGUGAAGAUCGAGUUCCCUGGCUCGAAGCCGGUGAGCGAGGCUGCCGCCAAGUACGGCCCCGGCCUCGUCUCCGGUCCCGUGAUCUUCCUCUUCGAGCAGGUGUCCACCUUACUCCCCGCAGAGGAGCCGCCUGCUCCCGCCGAACCGGCCGUCGAGAGCACCAGCAAGGAUAUUACACCGGAAACCGCGGAGGAGAUCAAGAAGGAAGAGGCUGAGGCGGAGGUGGAAGAGGCACCUGCCCCGGCCGACCCGGCUCCCUCGGACCCCUCCCCGGAGACGGAGAAACCGGCCGAGCCAGCGGCUGAACCCGCCAAGGCUUGAUAUAAACCACCAGCCUCCCGAACCAAUCAUUCCACCGCCACCUCGCCACCACCGCGCACCCAGUGUUUCCAUGAUUUAUUAUUCUUUCUCUUGUCUCUUCGUCAAUUUUGUUACGGUCAGUAACUGUUCAGCCGUGGCCUUGAGGCUGUCGCGGCUUGGUCCGGGUCCGGAAGGCGGUGGUCAACGGGCGGCGUCCCUCGGGGUCUCCUGGCGGCCGAGCUCGGUGGCUCGGGACGGCGGUUCGGUUCGGGAGGCAGCUCCGCCGCAGCUUCGGGAAGAGGCAACACCGUCUCGCACCUGCACACAGGUCGGGCCGGGAGCUCGACCCGACCCCUCCGACGAUCAAGUUAGAAAAAGAUGUGGAGGGGGUUGUGGAUGAGGCAGGAGAAGAGUCUCUGAGUGUUUUGUGUAUGAGUGAGUUUCUUUUUUUUCUUUUGUUUAGGACUUGGGGGUAUUUAUAGAGGAGGUUAGCAUUACCUGACUUGACCGCCUGCUGGAGUGAGGGGGUACCUCUGAUGGCGUCUGACGCGGCUACUGGGGUCGCGUGGUGGAGCGGUUCGUAGCAGGGUAUGGGCGAGGGGCAGGUCGUUGUCCGGCCUGGUCGUGGUCAACCAUGCAGGGUCGGAGGUCGCCUCUCAACAGCGGGAGUCGUCAGGGCGGGUCUAGUCGGCGUUAUUGCUUUGGCCGGGGGCUGUCGUCACGGCGCGUCAACUGUGCCAUUAUUUUCCCUAUCAAAUUUGCUUCUCUUUCUCCUGUACGUAACUAUGUCUUGGUUUCUCUCAUUUUGCUUUCGGCAAGGGGACAUGCAGACCAUGUAAUAUCAUUAUUAAGUGCAGUGUGGUGUCAUUUCUGUUUUU